AUGGGAGGAUGGUGGAUGAACCAAAGAGAAAUAAAGCUGUUGGCCCAUAUCUUGUUUCCGCUAUUUGUUCACUGGAUUGCUCAUGAGAUGACUCACUCUGUUCUUGUGGAUAUCACCACUGAUGCUCUUUGUCCUGACAACUCUUCUUGCUCCCAGGUCAUCUAUUUGAAUGGUCUUCAGCAAACUAUUGUUGGAACCUUGAAACUGGUGGCUCUUCCGGUCUUAGGUCAGCUCUCAGAUGAGUACGGUCGAAAGCCAAUCCUUUUGGUGGUUAUGUCUGUUCUUAUUCCUCCUUUCACUUUGAUUGCCAUCAAUACAUCGAGGGGCUUCAUAUAUGCUUAUUUUGUGAUCCGCAUUUUUUCAGACAGCCUAUAUGCAGGAAGUGUUUUCUGCAUUACCGCUGCUUAUAUGGCAGACGUCCUGGAUGGCGACAAGAAAGCUUUAGGAUUUAGCUGGAUGAUGGGCCUUUUCUCUGCAUCCCACGUCCUGGGAAAUGUUUUUGCACGUCUUCUUCCUGGAAAAUACAUUUUUGAUGUCUCAGUGCCCCUGUUGAUUUUCGUUCCUAUUUAUAUGAUACUGUUUAUGCCUGAGACCACGACUCCAUGUUUAAAAAAGGACCAGCGUUUGCCACUGUCAAAGAAAGCUUUAAAGAUUGUCUGUGACAGAUACGAGUCAAUGAGAUAUACUGCACGUUUUGUUAGCAGCAGCCCAACACUGAAGCGCGUGAAUCUUGUUUUAUUCUUCUAUGAGUUGGGGAUGUGUAGCAUCAACACCACUGUACUGUAUUAUCUGAAAGCAGCUUUUGGCUUUGACAAGAAUCACCUAUCAGAAAUUCUGAUUGUUGUAGGAAUUGGCUCGAUCAUUUCACAGUUGGUGAUGCUUCCUAUCAUUAAUCCUUUGAUUGGAGAGAAAGUGAUAUUAUGCUCAGCUUUACUCUCAACUACAGUUUAUGCAGUGCUUUACGGCUUGGCGUGGGCGCCAUGGGUAACUUACUUGAGUGCUUCUCUAGGAGUUAUCAACGUUCUUGUCAAACCUUGUACUUAUGCUCUCAUAUCAAAAGCAGCAGGUUCCAGUGACCAGGGAAAGGCACAGGGAUUUAUCGCCGGCGUGCAGUCAUUGUCCUGUUUGUUGUCACCCUUAGUAAUGACCCCAUUGACCUCUCUAUUCCUGUCAAAAGAUGCGCCAUUUGACUGCAAAGGAUUCAGCUUCGUGUGUGCAUCUUUACCUGUGUCUCAUUCUCUCCCACCCACCCCACUUCACUCACACUUUCAGGGGAUAACAAUUGAGGGUAACAGAGCAAGCAACAAUGAGAUGACCCAUUCAGUUCUUGUGGACAUCACCACUAAUACUCUCUGUCCUGACCAUUCUUCUUGUUCUCAAAUCUUCUAUAUUAAUGGUCUUCAGCAAACUAUAAUUGGAAUCUUUAAAGUGGUGGUUCUUCCAGUUUUAGGGCAACUCUCAGAUGAGUACGGUAGAAAGCCGACACUCUUGGUUGCUGUGUCGGCUAUUAUUCCUGCUUUCACUUUGAUUGCCUUCAAUGAGUCAAGGGGCUUCGUAUAUGCUUAUUUUGUGCUUCGGACUAUUGCAAACAUCCUAAGUACAGGAAGUAUUUACUGUAUUACCGCUGCUUAUAUGGCGGAUGUCCUGGAUGACGACAAGAAAGCUUCAGGUUUUAGCUGGAUGAUGGGUCUUCUCUCUGCAUCCCACGUCCUGGGAAAUGUUAUUGCGCGUUUUCUUCCUGGCAAAUACAUCUUUGAGGUGUCAGUACCCUUGUUGGUUUUGGUUCCUAUAUAUAUGAUGCUGUAUAUGACCGAGACAGUAAUUCCAUCUUCUAAAAAGGACCAGCGCAUGCCAUUGCUUAAAAAAGCUUUGAAGAUUGUUCACGAUCGAUACGAGUCAAUGAUAUAUACUGCAAAUAUUGUUACUAGUAGCCCAACUUUGAAGCGCGUCAAUCUUGUUUUAUUCUUCUGUGAAUUGGGGAUGUGUAGCAUCAACAGCACCAUACUGUAUUAUCUGAAAGCAGCUUUUGGUUUUGACAAAAAUCAAUUUUCUGAAAUUCUGAUCGUGGUAGGAAUUGGGUCGAUUAUAUCCCAGUUGGUGGUGCUUCCCAUUAUCAAUCCUUUGGUUGGAGAAAAAAUCAUACUAUGCAUUGCUUUACUCUCAACAACCCUCUAUGCACUCUUUUAUGGAUUGGCAUGGGCUCCAUGGGUUCCUUACCUGAGUGCUUCUCUAGGAGUUGUAAAUGUUCUCGUGAAACCUUGUACUUACGCUCUCAUAUCAAAAGCAUCAAGUUCAAGUGAUCAGGGAAAGGCACAAGGAUUUAUUGCCGGUGUGCAGUCAAUUGCCUGUUUGUUGUCACCUUUUGUUCUGACUCCAUUAACCACAUUAUUCCUGUCAAAAGACGCGCCAUUCGACUGCAAAGGUUUCAGCUUCAUCUGUGCAUCUUUAUCUGUGGCCGUAUCACUUUGUUUGGCUUGUUCACUUAAGGCGACUUCCACAUGCAAGACCUCAGAGAUCGAUGACGAAAACAUUGAAACGCCGCUGUUGUCGUAG